AUGGCUUCGGGGUUCGGUUCCUGGCGUUGCUUUGUGGCUUUCUUGGUGAUUGGAUUAGGGUCCGUGUCUUGCCAGCUAAGGAACUGCAAUCUUUACGAAGGGAGUUGGCUUUUUGAUGAUUCAUACCCCAUCUACGAAGCUUCAAACUGUCCCUUCAUAGACCCAGCAUUCGACUGCCUGAAGAAUGGCAGGACUGAUAAGGAUUACCUUAAGUACAGAUGGAAGCCCAGCAAAUGCGACCUUCCGCGAUUCGACGGCCGUGACUUUCUGGAGAGGCAGAGGGGCAAGAACAUAUUGUUUGUUGGGGAUUCCCUGAGCAAGAACAUGUGGCAGUCGCUGACGUGCAUGCUUCACUCCGCUGUCCCAGAGUCUGCAUACAACUUGAAACAAGAAGGGGACCUUUCUGAUUUUUCUUUCCUGGAAUUCGGAGUUUCAGUGAAGUGGUUGAAAAAUAAUUUCCUGGUAGAUGAGGUACAAGAGCAGAUAGGACGAGUACUGAAGCUGGACAGUAUUACCACCGGUGACCAAUGGGCUGGCAAUCACAUGUUGAUCUUCAACUCGUACCUUUGGUGGUUACACCAGGGACAACCGAGAGGAUGGGAUUAUUUCCAGGUAGGGAACACAACGAUGAAGGACAUGGACAUACUGGAAGCGUACCAAAUAGCGCUCACAACUUGGUCCAGAUGGAUCGAUGGCCAUAUCGAUCCGUUGAGCACUCAAGUCUUCUUCCAGGGAAUUUCUGCUGCUCAUUUCAAUGGCCAGGACUGGAACGAAACGAGUGAAAAGACCUGCAAAGGACAGACUCAACCGGUGUUGGGAUCAGUUUAUCCGGGCCCGAGCAUUCCAGCAGAGGGUAUUCUUAGCAAUGUGCUUAGUAUGAUGGAGAAGCCGGCGAAACUGCUCGAUGUGACAUUGCUCACACAGCUCCGGAAAGACGGCCAUCCCUCCAUUUACACUGGCCAAGCAGAGUCGACUGACGACUGCAGUCACUGGUGUCUUGCCGGAGUCCCGGACACUUGCAAUGAGCUUCUCUACACGACCCUACUCAAGAUGUAA